UUCAACUAAGUUUCUUCACUCUCCACUUCAUAAUAUUAACUUCAUUCUAAACAAUUAGAAAGAACAAAUUAUACAUGUCUCCACAACAUAAAGAAUAUUAGUUAUUUAAGGAAGAUAUAUUAUUUAGAAUAUUAAAUAUACCGGAAAAGUAAUUAUAUGUGUGUGGGCGGGUACCCAUGGGGCGGGUUUACCUAAAUCCAAACCCAACCUGACCCGGUGAAUAGUGUAGAGGGUUUAAACCCAAACCCGGCCCAAAACCCGUCAACAUGGGUUUUACCAGCGUUGACCGGGUUGGAUCGGGUGCGUACCCGUGGAUUCGGGUUUUGUUGUCAUCCCUAUCAAGGAGGGAUGUAUAGGGGAGGGUCUGGCGUAGAGCAAAGUGGCUCCGCCUGAAAAAGAGACUUUUUCGAACGGCUUUUGCCGAGUCUCGUAGCGGAGAAGAACACCCAAUCAAACGUUGUCGGCUUGGGCAAAUGAUUCAAUGGCGUUUCUCUCUUCCCCAUUCGAAUGAACUAGAAGAUGAUGAUUCAACCCCGCCCUCGUUCGCGGGGAGCAAAAUUGUGCCCUCUCGACAUCCAAUUGCAGGUCCAUUUGCAGGGCUUGUUAAUUUCAAUCGAUUCAAUCCUAGUGCUCCCUUCGGGGUGGGGACUAUUCCCGGCUCGCAAGUACAAGUGAAGACCGAGAUUAGUGUACCCUGGUCCAGGAUUGAAUCAGAACGUCUUAAAAACAUCGAAGAUCAGAGUGAUUAUGGUGAUAAGAUUGAUUCCCUCGGGGAUGGUUUCUGUGGGAGUCUGCAAAAUAGUGCCGAAGCGGUGAUAGCUUCGACGAUUCCCCUUCCCACGACCACUGGUAUGGGUUCAAUCGGCCGGAUUGGCAGCGCCGCCGUUCAGCGCUGGCAGACGGGGAUACGGUUGCGUGGGGAGAGUAGGGAGAGAUUUUCGGAAGUUUUCACGGAUCUGUUGGGCGGGAUCAGCGGGAGACUGACCCGAUUCUGCGAAAUCCAAUCGAACACUUGUUCCUUUAUUGUCCAGUGGCACGGGCUCUCUGGGAUUAUUCUGGGCUGGAAUACUUGGGAGAGGGUUUGCCUCGGCAUACUUUUCCUUUGUUUCUCAAACGUCUGUUGGGUGUGAUCCAGCAACCGUCAGUGGUUAUGGCUGUUGUUGCCAUCCUUUGAAGGAUCUGGCGAUCUCGUAAUUGGGUGGUCUUUGAAGGCAAACAAUUUGGGAUCCCAGCUCUCAUGCGACAGUUUAACCAACAGUAUGAGGAAUGGGUGGGUCUACCAGCGGAUCAGGCGCCUAGGGUACAAACCCCGAUAAUGCACUCUACAACACAAUUGGAUGAUUCCCAUUUUGUUUGCAUGUGGAACGGGGCUACUAAGGGUUGGUCUCAUUCGGCUAGUGGGAUGGUUCUUUUUGACCCAGCACGGACACUCUUUCUAACUAAAGGGGUCCAGUUUGC